GAAUUAUUGCACCAAAGUUUCUACAAAGCUGCGAACAUCGAAUCGAAUCGUCUAAUCUUCAUAUACCGCAUCCUUCACCUCCACGCCAGUCCAACCCCAACUUCAACGCCAUAUCUUCAACGAUUCAACACAUUUGCAGGGCAUAUUGACCUAUAUUUGACGUAAUCUUAUAAUAAUAAUGGCUGGUGGUGAAGAGGGCCCCGCUGGCGGCUCAGUAUCUGAGCCUCUCGAUCUUGUGCGCCUCCUUCUCGACGAGGUUGUAUUUGUGAAGUUGCGCGGCGAUCGUGAAUUGAAAGGACGCCUUCAUGCCUAUGACAGCCAUAUGAAUUUAGUCUUAGGUGACGUCGUGGAAACCAUCUAUACGGUAGACGAAGAUGACGACGAUGAGGAAAUCAGGACAACAACUAAGAAGUCCGAGAUGCUGUUUGUGCGAGGGGAUAGUGUCGUCCUUGUCUCCCCUCAGAACUCCUCAUGAGUGUUCACCGCAGAAUCCACACCCCUCGGCCUAGGGUGUGCCAAAUCAUAUUAAGAGCUUCUGUCACAUCAAGGUCCAUAUUCAUGUCCAGUCAAGGACUCAAGCCUGAGUCAAAAACACGGAACUCGGUGUAGGAGCAGGUGGAGUUGCUCGUCGAAGUAAAUGGGAGCCAAUCCAAGGGAGACUUCAGGGGAGUUCAGAUUGUCUCAAGAUGUGGAGGGACUUAAACCAGCACAGGAAUCACCAGUAUCCACAUACGCAGCCUAUCAAGAUAUGAUAGCCCCAAGUUUCCGACCAUUCAGGUUCCAGCAUCGUCCAUAUUACCGUUAAUCACACCCGUCCAAUACAGGAUUUCGUGUUGCGAAGCCAGCUGCGUAUAGCUAUUAUGCACCAUUUAGUUCCAUUUAAGCUUGGUUAUGCAAUAUUUUCAGGUCUUCCCUACGCCUAUUUCCUAAAACCCGUCUAACAGGCGAUUAAUGCUAGUCCCUAGUAAAUUAUAGGGUUGGUAACUUGUUAUACCGAAUUAUGUAGCUCCUCUAUAUAAGCGUAGGGGUUAACACAAAUACCCCCCUUAAAUUAGGUGGCCGUAGAUAUAUAAAAUACAUGUUCAAAUACAGGAAAGAUAGACGGUGAUGGUGGUUAUAUAAUACUAUUACCUCGUA